AUGGCACACAACUCCCAAGUUAUCUCCCUCCUUUGGGGAAUUAGUCCCCAAUAUAAAUAGAAGUUUACAACUCCCCACUUGGGGGAUUAGUCCCCAAAGAAAUGAUGUUUUUUAUAAGCUCCCAAAAGAAAUGGUUCCUGGAUUCCACGGAUGACAAUAUUGGAGUAUCAAUUGACCAAAAUACCCCCAAAAUUGCUCGUUUACAUAUUCAUUGCAAACUUCCUCUAAACAACAGAGGCAAGUAGCUCUUGAGCAGCUUUGUUUGCUAGGCACUUAUGAUAAUAGAAGGUUUGGCAGUCAGCAAGAUUCAGGAGUGGGUGAGAAGGAAAUGGAAAGUCCCUCUCAGGGUGAGACUGAGGAGGUUUAUGGAAGCUUAAUUUCUCUGCAUCUUUCUGUCGAUGGUGGAGGUAGAAAUGGUAAUACCGUAUGGAAAAUAAGGUCAAGGAGUUUGAAUGGGACUUUGCUUUACCUUAUCUUGGGAGCCACAGAAGGUCUGCUAGUGUUGGAAUCACAAAGACAAACCUUAAGAAGUGUGUAUUCGAAUUUUUGGGCUGCCCCUCGAUCUGUGGAGGGCUACCGUAGUCACCAAGGUGAACGAUCUCUAUACGGGUUAUGUCGAGCUCGACAACUUAAGGGAAACUAGGGAGACCACAGAAUGGAUUCGAUUGAAAGGACGCUUAAUGUGGUUCAUAGGGAUAUGAAGUAUGCUGUGACUCUUUGGCCAGAGAUAAGGCUUGAAACGCACAAAGCCCAUAGAGACUUAUGCCCUUCAAUGGCGGAAAGAGCUUCAUGGAUCUCAGAGGUUUUGGGAGGCGUCGACAUUGAGUAUGAAGUGCAAAGGGCAAUGAAAGGUAAAUGGGUGAUUUCCUACACAAUUAGAGAUUGUAACAUUGAAAGACAAAUGCUAAACUUCAUUACACAUCGGAACGAAAAAAGAAAAAUCUAUCUACAUUUCAAUAUUAAUGAAGAAGGAAGAAAGGAAAAGAGUUCAUUUAGAAGAAUCCAUCUCAGAAAGAUUUCUUAGAAAAGACUGAGAACCGAUCAUUACCAACCUAUAGCAGGGUCUCCUUGGCCUUGUCGACAAUCUUAUCCGCUAGCUUCUCCAAAUCAACGGCGUUGAUCAGAAAAUCGGAAGAGAGAGAAAGAGAGGAACUCGGUUCCCAUCAAAAGAGAGGGCAAUUUGAUUUUCAGAUGACAAAAGAAAAGGAAGCAAAAGAAAGCUUUUCUCUCUCUCUCCCUGCAGAGCCGAUAACAGAAGAACGAUGAAAGAAGCGCGGGACGGUGGAAAAAGCGCGGGAGGUUGAGAAGUGAAACAGGAAAGAUUCUGUCAAUAUAUCUAGAGGUUGGCUACUGAUGUUAUCGGAUUCCAAUCCGACGACCCAGAAUCUCUUCUGAAAUCUGAAGUGAGUGGCCUCUCAUGUAGUAAAAAAGAAGCCAACUUUUAAUUUUAAGCAGUUGUCAAAAGAGACGAAGGUUGGGGGGAGUCAAAACAGAGAGAGAGAGAGAAUGCAGAGAAGAAAGCCAGAUAGCGUUGUGGAGAUGGUUGACCAGGGAAGGAAGAGGAGGAGGAAGAAGAAUUCCAAGGUGGAUUUGGAAAACAUCCCGGAAGAAAUCAUCUCCAGCAUACUGGUUAACAUCCCGGCUCAUAAGCUUUACGAAUUAAGGUCGGUUUGCAAGCAAUGGUUUAAGCUUAUAUCAGAACCCAAUUUCAUCGAUCAACAUCUCUCUCGCUCUGAACCUGGGUUGCUUGUUCAAUACCAUCACUGGAGGUACAUGACCGUGUUUUUGGAGAUGAAAGGAGAGAGGUUCAGGGUUCGUGAUUUGAAUCUUAAACUCCGAUUUGGAAGUCGAAUUCAUGCUAGUUGCAAUGGUUUAAUCUUGUUGGAGGGCGUCAAUCAAGCUGGAGGAUUGUUCGUCGCUAACCCUGUGACCAAACAAUGCAUGAAACUCCCCCCUAGAAGUGGAUCAUAUUCAUUGUUCUAUGGAUUUGCUCAUCAUCCAGGCACAAGAGUGUACAAAGUGUUAACCCUUAAUCGACAAGGAGAUAGCUGUAUUUGUGAUAUACUUACCCUAGGUUCUGAUUCAUGGAGGCAUGUUCUUGUACCUCAGGAAUUUCGGAGAUCCAAUUCCCUAUAUCUUGCCACUAAAGGGUUUUUGCAUAACAUAACGGAUUCUUAUAAUGGAGAAGAUAAAGAAUAUAUGCAUUCCAUGGACAUGGUUCAUGAGACUUUUCACAGGACACGUCUCCCCGUAUCUGCAUGUGGGAAACAAGAUAGACUGUUUGAACUGGGGGGUUUUCUAGCAUUCACGACUCGAAUUGAAACCACGUCGCGUUUUGAUAUAUGGGUUUUGAAGGAUUUCCACAAGGGAAAUUGGGUUAAACAACAUAGUGUUGUCCUUGAAGGUGUUAGGUUUGCUAACAAGAGAAGCCUUAGUAUGGUAAAACCAGUUGGCAGCUUGAAAAAUGGCAAGGUGAUAAUCUUUACGGACUAUGUAUCCUUCUAUGCAACUGAUGUUGAACUGAAGUGGGUAAGGAGGAUCUGGAAACUCCGGGCCGAUGAUGUUCUACCACAUGUUAACAGUCUCAUUUCCUGCAAUGCAUUUUAGGACCAUUUUUUGAGAUCUCUCUCUGGUCUCCCCAACUUAUGGUAUCAUAGCUCCUUCCCGUUUUUAAUUUUUUUAUUCAACCUUUCUAUACGAUCUUAGUCUGCUAUUAUUGUUUUGGAACCUAUACAGUACAAUUGUUACUUAUUCAGUGGUUUGGAAUACUUUUGGUAUCUUAUCACAGUUGUAUGAUUAAUGCUAAGUUUUAGACUGAUGUCACAUGAAUUUCUUUCAUGUAGCAGUAAAUGUUCAGUUUAUGUUAUGAUAACCCCAGCCAAAGAAUAUGUCAAAUUCAAGGAUAUUAGUAGAUGCAUCCUUUACCUGUAUGCUUUGGGCUCUUGGUUGGAUGUUUAAGAAAGAGUUCCUUGUUCGGAUGAA